AAUAAAACCAGACUAACUCUAAAAACUGCAGUUAUUGUGUGAGAUGCUCCAGAAACCACAUUGUCCUGUCCUGCCAGUAGAUGGGGGCAGUCAGGGUCCCAGACUGGAACUAAAGAGUCCUGAAAGUCUUUGAACCACCCUUGAUAGGCUGUGUGAGGCUUCCUAUUGGUCCGGUAGUGAGCGAGGUGUCAUAUGUCCCAUGGGGCCGUGAAUGCCGCUUACUUCUGUCGAAGAAAAGUAGGACUUUCCAGUGGGAUUUUAAUCAGUGAGAUGAAAUUCAAAUAUCUUUUCUGUCGGGCAAUAGACGGUUUCAUGUGAGCGGUCACUGUGCAGAGGAAGAGCCGGUUCUGGAGAAGUUGUCUUCCGGUUGUAACAGGUUUGAGGGGCUCGGGGGGUUUCAUCGUGGUAGGGCUAAUCACUGGUUUGUUUUUGGCACCAGAAAUCCCCAAAAAAACAGACAAUGUCGCGGUCAGAGCAGAAGGAAACCGCGGCGGAGUCAACGUCAAACUCGGAACACGAACAAAACGGCGGCUUAGUAAACCCGAGGGCGGUUUGUAACGCGUGUAAACGCUUGUACCGGGACCCUAAGAUCCUCCCGUGUCUGCACACCUUCUGCUCCGACUGUAUCGCCCAGCUGGAGCCGUUUUCCGUGUCUUCGCGCCGCCACCGGGACGCAGCGGAGAACGGCAGGAGCGGCGAGGCGGCGGAGGCGGACGCGCCCGCCGUCACCGUCACGGUGCUCUGUCCCGACUGUGACUCCGAGGUGGACAUUCCUCCGUCGGGACCGGCCGGGCUGAGCACCGACCACCUGGCGCUGGACGAAAUAUUCCUGGAGACCCUGGUGACGAACGGCCCGCUGGGAUGCGACCUGUGCGGCGAAGGAGGCGCCGAGAGCCGCUGCGAGGUCUGCUCCAUCAACCUGUGCGAGUUCUGCUGCCAGGCACACAGGCGGCAGAAGCGAACAGCGUCUCACUCCGUUCGGGGCGUGGAGGAGCUGAGGUCUCGUGGUCGUCUCUGCCGCCCCGUCCUCUGCUCCCUCCAUCCCGGCCAGGAGCUCCGGCUCUUCUGUCAGCCGUGCGACCUUCCCGUUUGCCUGGAGUGUGCCGCCACGCUGCACCGCGACCACCGCUGCUGCCCCACGCGUGACGUCAUAGAUCGUCAUGGAGACCGCAUCCGAGAGCUGGUCACUGCGCGCCUGCGUCCUCGCCUGGACCGUCUGGAGGAGUCACUGCAGAAGGUGGAAGUAUCCCAGGAGGCUUUGCAGGCACGAGUGGAUGCGACAGCCAUCGAGGUGAGGGCGUUUGCGCGAGGUUAUGCCAGCGCUGUGGAAGCCCACUGCCUGUCUCUGCUGCGUCGCCUGGAGGAGCUCCGUGUCCAACGCAGGAACCAGCUGCACCUGCAGAGGGCUCAGCUGCAGCAGGCUCUGCUGGAUGUCCGAGGAGGUGUGGAGUUCGCAGAGAGGCUGCUGAGCUGCGGGUCGGACGCUGAGAUCCUCAGCGCCAAAGGAGUGACCCUGAGGAGACUGACCAGUCUGGUGGAGAGCGGCUACGACCCUCACCCGGCGACCGUCGCCCCCGACGACGGCAGCAGCAUCUGCUUCAUGCCCGGGGAGCCAGCAGGGGAGGUGGAGGGCUACCCGGUGGUCGGGGUGAUCAACUCUAAGACAGCGGACCUCAGCAAGUGCACCAUCGAAGGGGAAGGUCUGCAGCGGGGCAGGGAGGGCCAGCAGGGACGCUUCACCCUGGUGUGCCGGGACUCAGCUGGAGAGCAGAUGGCGCGAGGUGGGGAGCACGUCCUGGUCAGUGUCGUCCACAAGGAGAAGAAAAACUGCACAGUGGAGACAACAGUGGUCGACAACAACGACGGAUCCUACAGUGUUUCAUACACACCUGAGGGGCCGGGAACCUACUCAGUGUGGGUUUGUGUCAAAGCUCAACACGUCAAGGGUUCCCCGUUCAGUCUGACUGUGAAGAGGAAGUUGAGGCGUCACAGUGGGACGUUUCACUGCUGCUCCUUCUGCUCCAGUGGAGGAGCCAAAGAGGCUCGCUGUGGCUGUCCAGGAACCAUGCCAGGAGGAUUUAAAGGCUGCGGUCACGGUCAUAAGGGCCACCCCGGGAAGCCCCACUGGUCCUGUUGUGGCAGCACCGCGGAGCAGUCCGAGUGUUUGCCUCAGAGCGUGCUGGCCGCGGUUUCCCCCCGCGGCCACCUGCGGACCGUGGAGCUCUGAGGCGACGCCGCAGACGAGACCCGGCAAGAAGAUGAUGCAAGUUAAUGGAAGGUGGCGGCAACCGAAAAGAGCUCUGGACCGGAUGGAGUCGUAAUGAGGAAGAUUUGCUGAAGCAGGGUAAAUGAGUGUUUGAAAGCCACUCUGGGGUUUGUGUUUCUCCGCUGGUCUGCACAGACGGCAUUUCAGGAGUGUCAUUGUGAAAC